AUGGCUAAAAACAACAGGUCAAGGCCAAGAAAACCAGGCAAAUUAAGUGUUUAUCUUUACAUUCCCAAUAUUAUUGGAUAUACAAGAGUGCUCAUGAAUUGCUAUGCAUUUGCUAUAUGUUUUUCUAACAAAUGGCUAUUUUGUGCUGUUUACUUUAUCAGCUUUGUUUGUGAUGGUAUCGAUGGUUGGUGUGCUCGCAAAUUCAAUCAAGUUUCAACUUUUGGUGCUGUUUUGGACAUGGUAACAGACAGGAUUAGUACAGCUUGCCUACUAGUAAUCCUCUCCCAAGUAUACAGGCCUGGAAUGGUUUUUCUGUCAUUGCUUGCCCUCGAUAUUGGUAGCCACUGGCUGCAGAUGUACAGUACCUUCUUGCUCGGCAAAGCUAGCCACAAAGACGUGAAAGACAGUACUAAUUGGCUUUUCAAGGCUUACUACGGAAAUCGUAUGUUUAUGGCUUAUUGUUGUGUGGCAUGUGAGGUUCUUUAUAUUCUUCUGUUUCUUCUUGCACAAAACGAAAAUGAAAAGUUGAUGGACGUUUUAAAGGCUUCUAUAACAGAGAGUUCACUCGUCUCUGUCCUACUUGGUUUAAGUUUGUUUGGAUGGACAAUCAAGCAACUUGUGAAUAUCAUUCAGAUGAAAACUGCUGCGGAUAUUUGUGUGCUUCAUGAUAUCAACAACAAGGAGAGGCCUUGA